AUGUUAAUUGGCGAGCUUUGCUUGUCAUGCAUCGCCAAAGCGGCUGCUAAAGAUCGAGCUCAAACUGCUGAGGAAAAGCAGAAGAAGCAGGACGAGCAAGAGCAGAGAGAGAAGGAAGAAGCGGGCCGCAAGGUCCGCACCAAGCCUCGCUGGAAGAAGGACAAGAACAAGGACAAGGACAAGGACGAAUUCAAGGAAGAAGACGAAUUCAAGGAAGAAGAAGACGACGACGACGACGAAAAGGCGGACAAACUCACCGAAUUGUAA